GAAUAUUUUUAGAUUGAUAUUUUUUCCAAAUUUGGAACGGAGAUACCCAGUUUCUAAAUUUACCUGGUAAAUAUAAACACACAUCACUGCAGUUGUAUUAAGUCAUCAUCCAGCAAUUUUAUUAGACGAGCAGGAUAGAUCUGAGGAUACAUUGAAAUAAGUAUUAUAAAAGCAAGAACAAUGGUGAGGACAUACUCAUUUAGCUAUCGGAGACGAAAUCCCGAAAUGUUUCCUUAUGUAUGCGAUGAAUGCAGACCCGAGCGUCGCUUCAUGGAGGAUUCCCAUAAAGCUCAGCAUGAUAAUAUGAAGCACGGCGUGAACGAAUUUGAAGUACAAAACAUGUUCUACAUGUAUGAUCACAAGAUACCUACAGUAAGCAACAAUUGGGCUUACAAAUCAAGUUGUUCUCUUGGUAAUAUGUCAGCAAGUCAACUUCAGACAUUUGUCAACAAGGAAAUCGAACCCGACACAACCUAUAAUUCUAGCUGUAGAGCAGUGGUAAACCGUCUUUACCACUUCAUGCAAAACAACUUUCCAGCAAAGCUGAGACCUUCACAAGUACUCAAGAGUGGAUCUCUUGGAAAAGGGACAGCUGUCAAAGGAAAAUCAGAUGCGGACCUUGUCGUUUUCCUGUCGAAAUUCAGAUCCAUCCCUGAUUUGCGAGAUUCUCUACCUAACAUUUUAGAAACGAUGAAACUUUACCUUGGUUCUUACGGUGAAUGUAUCGUGGAAGGGGUCACUUCCCAUGCCGUUAAAGUAUCGCUCUCUUGUCACGCCAAUCAUACCCAUAACGUAGACAUAUUGCCCAGUGUUAAUAUAUUAAAUAGAAAAGCCAAUAAAGACAUUUACAAAGCUAUGAGCAAAGAAUCAGCCUAUGAAAGAGAAUUCUACUCAGCCGCUUUGGCUCCUUUACAGAAAAAAUUCGUGGCUGGUGUUCCGAAAAAAGUGAAAACCCUGAUACAGUUGGUUAAAUACUGGAGAAAAACAUUCUUUGAGGAAAGUAAAGGUCAGCAAAGAUUGCCAUCCUCAUACCCCUUGGAACUCAUAACAAUAGGAGAAUGGGAAGACGCUGGAAGUCCAGAGAGUUUUGACCUCCUAAAUGGCUUUUAUCAAGUGUUGAGAGCCAUCAAAAACUACGAAAAUAUUCAACAUGCCUGGAAUAUUAAUUACAAGGCAGACGAUUUCAUUAGCGAUGACGAUGAAUUUUAUGUUUUGGAUCCAGCCAAUCCAUUCAACAACGUAAUGAAGGCUUGUAACUGCUGGGACACAGUUUCCGACAAAGCUGCAGAGUUUCUCAGCAUGCCACUGUUUUAUGGGUUAUCAAGCUCUGCUGAAUGGUAGCAAUGAUGGAAAAUUCAAUAUGUAAAAUUUAAUUUAAUCUAGCAACCACAUGUCAGAUGUAUCCGUUGUUUAACAUAUUAU